AAGGAGAGGGGAGGGAAGGGAAGGAGGCGCGUUCUCGGGGUUCUCUGGCUCGUGACCGUCAGCAGCUGCGAGAGUAAGAUCCCAGCCUUGGGCAGGCAGCCUUAGAGAUGCUAGGCUGUGCGCGCAGGAAUGGGGCAGCAAAGCCUUGGGGUCCAGCAAAGAUCGUCUACCUGCUGCUAGUAGCAACAGUCUCCCUUAUCCCUGAUGUGUGUGGGUACAAAAGGGAUUCCACCACCUGGACGCAGGAGAAGAACCAACACCAACCAGCUAUUUUGAAUACAACUGAUAUCCAAAAAAUUGCAGAAGGUACAAAUAUUUCUGAAAUGUGGCAGAAUGACUUAAAACCACUACUUAUAGAGAGAUAUCCAGGAUCACCAGGAAGUUAUGCUGCUCGUAAGCACAUCAUGGAGAGAAUUCACAAACUUCAAGCAAACUGGAACCUAGAAGUGGAUACUUUCUUGAGUUACACCCCAUAUGGAUACCGGACUUUUUCAAACAUCAUCAGCACCCUCAACCCAGCUGCCAAACGCCACUUGGUACUCGCUUGUCAUUAUGACUCUAAGUACUUUCCACAGUGGGACAGCAGAAUAUUUGUGGGAGCCACAGAUUCAGCGGUACCCUGUGCAAUGCUGUUGGAGGUAGCCCGGGCUUUAGACAAUCAACUCCUUUCCCUGAAGAAUUCUUCAGCCUCCAGGCCAGAUCUAUCACUCCAGCUUAUUUUCUUUGAUGGUGAAGAGGCUUUUCUUCACUGGUCUCCUCAGGAUUCCCUCUAUGGCUCUCGGCACUUAGCAGCAAAAAUGGAAAUUACUCCACAUCCUCCUGGAGCGACAAAUACAAACCAAUUGCAUGGCAUUGAUUUGCUUGUGUUACUGGAUUUAAUAGGUGCUCCAAACCCAACCUUUCCUAGUUAUUUUCAAAAUUCUCUUCGAUGGUUUAAAAGACUUCAAGCAAUUGAAAAAAAGCUGCAUGAGUUGGGCCUACUUCAGAAUCAUUCUUCGGGGACACAGUAUUUCCAGGGUCAUAGGUACCGAGAACAAAUUCAGGAUGACCAUAUUCCAUUUUUAAGAAAAGGUGUUCCAGUACUGGAUUUGAUACCCUUCCCUUUCCCUGAUGUCUGGCACACAAUGGAUGACAAUGAAGAAAAUCUGGAUAAACCAACUAUCGACAAUCUCAACAAAAUAUUACAAGUCUUUGUGUCAGAGUAUCUUCAUUUGUAAUGUUGUGCACAUUAUAGAGAAGGGGAUUAAUUACUUUGAACAUGAUGUCAGACAUUUGUGUUCAAUUUUAAAUUCUUUUCCCAAGAGAAUUUUGUAUGGAAAAUUCCUAUUAAAACUUAUUCUAUAGAUGAUCUUGAAUGUGGAUCCUAAAAGAAUCUCUUUCUUUAAUUUCCUCCUAGAGGCAAAGGCAUUAAACAUUCAAGAGAAUAGCCUUAAGUCUCUCCAGAUACUCAACAACUGGAACAAAUUAAGUAGAGUUCCAAGGUCUUAAAACAAUACUUAAUGGUGAUGGUUAUGUGCAAUCCAUAGAGUUGAUUUUGUGAUUUUUUUACACAUUGAAAUUCAUUUCAUAUAAAACAAAGUAGAAAUACAAUUGAAGGAACUCAAAUUUUCUUUGAUAAAUCAUUAUGGGGUUUUAUUUUUAGGGGUG